AUUCUACUUCAUGUGUGUGUCUGCAGUGCUGAUACACAAAGUGUCUCUGCAGGUCCCAGGUGUUAUUGAUGGUUCUGUUGUCCUGCCGUGUUCUUCAGCUCAACAGGAUCUUAAACUUCAAGACAUUAAUGUGCACUGGAGACACAAUAACCGUGAGAUUGUGUAUGAUAUAAUCAAGGGUGAAGAUUCAGUAGAAAAACAGGACCCACAGUACAAGAACAGAGCUGAAACUUUCCCAGAAGAGUAUAAGAGAGGAAACUUCUCCAUCAAACUCAACAAUCUUCAACACACUGAUGCAGGAAAGUUCAGCUGCUUCAUCACACCCUCAAAUGAACAGGAGACUGUGGAGCUGCGGGUCAACGAAUCAACAACAGAAAAGGGCAACAAAUCCAUGGAACAAGAAAACCAAGGACAAGAAACAGGAGCAGACAGUGUGGGGAAAUCAUGGCACUGGCUUUACAUUUUAUUAGCU